AUGGAAGGGCUACAAGAUCACGAGCAACUUUUGAGUCUUGGGCUUGCAAUUGUGAUUGAUUCUGGUCGUGAAAGAAAGAUGAAAAGAAAGAGGAGAGAUAGAUUUUUGUCUUUGGAUAUGAAUGGAGUCUCAGAAGGAAAGAUAUUUAGUCUUCUGGAAAUUAGGGAAAUCAUGUUAAAAGAAAAAAAGACGGGAAAAAGGAACAUUGGUGCAGAUGGAGAAGGGCUUCAUUUGAUCCAUUUAUUGCUAACAGCCGCUACCUCUCUUGAUGAGAAUAAACUUGACUUGGCUAUUGAGAAUCUCAGGAAAUUGUAUCAAAAUAUAUCUUUGAAUGGCGACUCUGUGCAAAGGGUGGCAGCUUAUUUUGCCGACGGAUUGGUGGCAAAGCUUCUGACACGUCGAUCACCUUUUCAUGCAAUGAUAAUGAAGGAACCAACACCCGAAGACGAAUUCUUGGCAUACAUGGAACUUUACAAAGUAUCCCCAUAUUACCAGUUUGCUCACUUCACAGCAAACCAAGCAAUCAUGGAUGCAUUUGAAAAGGAAGAUAUUCAAAACAAACGAGCCUUGCAUGUGGUCGACCUUGAUGUAGCCUAUGGAUUCCAGUGGUCAUCAUUAAUGCAGUCGCUUUCAGACAAGGCCACAACUGGAAACCAUGUGUCUCUUCGAAUAACAGCAUUUGGAAGAAGCUUGGAGGAACUCGAAGAGACAGAGAGAAGGCUAGUCGGCUUUGCCAAAACCUUCAGGAACCUCAUUUUUGAGUUCCAAGGUAUAGUGAGAUCAAAUUCUUCUGGACUGAAAUCAAUAAGGAAGAGGAAGAACGAGACGCUUGUCGUAAACUCGGUGUUUUAUCUAAAUUCCAUGUGCAAUUUCUCACACAUAUCCCAAACGUUAAAAUCAAUAAACAUUCUAAACCCUUCACUCGUCGUUUUGGUUGAACAAGAGGGUGAUCGCAACCCAAGAACCUUCCUAUCCAGAUUCAUGGAGUUCUUGCAUUACUACGCAGCCAUGUUCGACUCACUAGACGACUUCCUUCCUCUUAAUAGUCUUCAGAGGCUACAGAUUGAAAAGAACCAUCUUGGUAAAGAGAUCAAGCGGCUAAUUGACUUCGAUGACGAGGCAAAGUCGCCAAAAUAUGAGAGGAUGGAAACAUGGAAAAGGAGAAUGGAAAGUCAUGGAUUUUUAGGAAGGAAUCUCAGUUCAAGGGCUUUAAUUCAAGCAAAGCUUUUGUUGAAAACCAAUUGUCAUUACUGUCCUAUUCAAUUUGGUGGGGAAAAUGGAGGGUUUACAUCAUUUGAAAGAGAAGAAGGCAAUGCGCUUUCUUUGGCUUGGCAAGACAAAUGUCUAAUCACAGUAUCUGUAUGGCAAUGUGCAGCAGAAAGAAGAUGA